GUUUAUUUUUUUAGAUAUUUAUAAAUUUAGUUUUUAUGAUAUUGUUUUAUAAUUCUAUAAAAAUGUUGAAAUGGAUAAGAAUCCAUCAUAUAUUAAUUUUAAUGGGACUCAGAUAACACUUGUGAAGUUAGAAUUUGACAGUAGUAAUUAUCUUGAUUUUCCUGAUGUGAAGUAUAUUCAAGAGUGUGUAAAAUAUGUUAAUUCAAUCAAAAAAGGCGAUUUUGAUUAUAAAAAAGUUUUCAACAUACAACAAGGUACAAUAUCCUGUUUCGGUUUAUUGGUUACACAUUUGGGAGAAUAUCCAUCACCCUUUUGGUUUGAAAAGUACAGAAAUUUGUUAAUAACUUCAUUUCUUUUAAGGGAGGAGGAUAAUUAUCCUUCUAAGCUUAACAGAAGUGAUAGGUUCAUUUCAAAUAUCUUUCCAGGUCAUAAAUGUUUGAUUAACUACGAAAAUGACCCCUUCGUUAUACACCUAAAAUUCAUCGGAAUUGAGGUUAGUGAUUCUUCUGUUGGAAGUCCUUUGGAGUUUGAACUUCACGCAGUCCCAAACGACUUUGACACAAAAAUUAAUGUAGUUUAUGACACUUCUGUCCCUUUUCACGCCUUUAAACUUGGUGGCCAUUUACUCAUUAAACAGACUCUACAAAUCGAUUUACUACUCAAACAUGACCAUUUUUAUCUCAAACUAUUCAACCAUCAUGAGAGUUUGGACGUUGAACUUGAGGAUUUCCAAAUCAGAAAACUUCUAAACACAAAUUCUACAAUUGAGUUACCGUUAAAUAUAAAACAUGGAAAUCAACUAAAUAUAGCACUUCCAAUCACUAAUGAUUUUGAUGAGUUUGAUAUUCCAGGAAUCUUCGUUAAAUGGAACAUUAAUAAGUGGAAAGAUGAAAAUUGCUCUUUAUGGACGAGAUUAGAAUAUACAAACUAUCAACCAACUAACACUAGCGUUGGAGAUAUUACAAUAACUUGUAUAUUAAAUAAAGUUUAUGAAUCAAGCAUAACAUUAUUGUUGGAAAUAAUGAGCAAGAAGAGGAUGGAUUUGAGUAUUAAAAUGAUUAAGGAAAUGGAGAUUAACAAGUAUAAAAGUUUAAUUCCAUUUCAGGACUCUGUUGAGAUUGGAGUUGUUGAACAAAAUGAGCUUAAAACUUGCCCGGUGUCGUUCUAUUAUGUGACUGAAGGGUUACACACCUCACCACCAAUGGAAAUCUACGAUAAACUCUCAAACAAAGUAUACAAAAUCGAACCAAAAAUCUUCAACAUACACUUAAACUAACUGCAUAAGGUUCACAUUAAAUUUGUAAAAUUGAUUAAGUUUGUAAAAUAGAUGAAAAUUAGUAUUUUCAGAAUAAAUUUGAUAAAUUAUUUAAA